GGGGGGGGGGGGGGGGGGUCACAAAAGACCAAGGGGAAGAGGAAGAAUAAAGGCAAAGGAGGGGCAAAGGGAACGAAGGGAAAGAAAAUCACAAAAGAGGAGGAAGUGGAACAGAGAGUUUCUUGACGAAGCCACAGACAGAAGAGUCGGUGGGGAAGGAGGUUUGAAAGGAGGGAUUAGGUCUGUCUCUUGGGGGUGCAUGCUGCCCCAUCAACCCUCCCCUUCCCCCCAACUUGGACAUCCUCCUAUUCUUCCUGUGACAGUGACAGCCCGACAAAAGGCAAAAAAUGCAGAAUAAAGUAAGUGUCGGAUGCCACAGAGCAAGCAGGGAACUCGACGUGAGACUAUCCAGGACUAGAGCCUUGGGUCUGAUUUUGCUUGUGGCCGUGGCCGGCUGGCUGCCGCCGCCCGUCUGUGCAGAGGUACAAAUCGACGUGCUGGGCGAGAUGGUGUUUGUGGAAAGUGAUGGAGAAAGUGAAAGCAUGGGUGAAAGACGGGAGCUGGAGGCCUCCAUGCACUCCUCGCUCCUCCGCGACUUCCAGGAGGUGACGGCUGAUAUCAGGGCAAUAGAGACUGCCGACACAGUGACUCAACAGGGCACGGCCACUCCGACUGUCUUCCCAGACUCUUCGGCGGUGGUGGGUCGGCUCUUCCAGAUGAAGGUGCCAAAUAAGAUGGAGGAUGUUUACCUCGGUGGUAUUGUCAAGAUCACAGAGAUGGGUAAGGAUUCUCUCCCUGCCUGGCUGCGCUGGGACGCCAGCAGCAGAAUCCUCCAGGGUCUGCCUUUGGAGGAGGACAAGGGUGUCCAUUACAUCUCUGUGUCCAUCUCUAAUUACACAAAGUCCUCCUCGUCUUCUGAAGUGUUCUCCAUCGAGGUGCACCCUGAAGAUCAUUUGGACCCAGAUUCAGUCCAGCUGGUGACCAACCAAGUCCCCACUGACAGCGAGGCCCAACUGUUCAUGUGCAACAAUGAGGAACCAGUCACAGUUCUGACAGUGAUCCUGGAUGCAGAUUUGACCAAAAUGAGUGCCGAGCAGAGAGUGAAGCUGCUGGACAACAUGAGGGGCUUCUCUGGGGUGGGGCUCCAGCAUAUGAGGAUGCUCCCAGUGGUUAACAAUAGAUUGUUUGACAUGUCUGCAUUCAUGGCUGGACCUGGGAAUGCUAAAAAAGUGGUGGAGAAUGGUGCUCUAUUAUCCUGGAAGCUUGGUUGUUCUUUGGACCAGACAACCGUUCCAAAUAUCAACAGUGUUCAGAACCCUGCAAAAGAAGGCACCAUGUCAGUUAAAUUGGGCUAUCCUGUUGUGGGCUGGCAUAUUGCCAACAAGAAACCCCACUUACCUAAGCGGGUGAGGCGUCAAAUAAACAACACCCCGACACCUGUUCUGACCACACUUCCUCCAACAACUCUGGUAGAGCCUCCGGUGAGGAUAAUACCAACACUAUCCUCCCCUUCUAUUGCUGCUCCAACUGAAAGCUCUGCUCCCCCAGUGAGAGGCCCUGUUCCCCUGCCUGGAAAACCUACAAUCAGAAUCCGUGACUCUAUUGCCCAUACUCCAACCCUGGGACAUCCUCAACCUACAAAGGUGAUGGAGACUACAAGCACCAUUGCCAUCCAGCCAACCAUGACCAGACCUAUAUAUGUGGAAGCUACUGCCACUCCACCCUCACCUACCAGAAGACCUACCAGGAAACCAAAAAAGCCCAAAACUACACCAUUUCCAAGAGAACCGAAGACAUCCACAGCCAAGCCACCCAGACGUACCACACCUUCACCAGGCAUCAUCCCAGAUCCAUACAAUGAGAAACCUGUUUUGCGUAAUCCCAUUGACCAGGUCAAUGCAUUGGUGGGUACCUAUUUCGAGGUGAAGAUUCCAUCUGACACAUUUUUUGACAAAGAGGAUGGAACAACAGAUAAACUGCGUCUUACCUUGAGACAGAACCAAAAUGAAGUGGUUGGAGAUGCCUCUUGGAUUCAGUUUAACACCACAAGCCAACUUCUCUAUGGUGUGCCUGAUGUCCAGCAUGUGGGGAAACAUGAAUACUUCAUGCAGGCUACUGACAAAGGUGGCUUGAAUGCCAUAGAUGCUUUUGAGGUCCGUGUAAAUCGAUGGCCCAUCAACGAUAAAACUCCUGUGAUCUUCACAGCCCGAUUUGAAGGCGAGCCACGUUCAGUAACAAAUGACAUUCACAAAAAGAUCCUUCUAGUCAAGAAGCUGGCAUAUGCCCUUGGGGACCGCAACAGCAGUACAGUGAGUAUAAGAAACAUCACCAAGGGCUCCAUUAUGGUGGAGUGGACAAACACCAGCCUCCAGCAGCACCCAUGUCCCAAAGAACAGAUCACAGUCAUGAGCCGGACACUUGGCAAUGCCGAUGGAAGGCCCUCACAGACUUUCAGGUACUCAAUGGAGCCUGAAUUCAGACCGAUUGAUGUUAAAGCUAAAGGAAGGGCAAGUUGCAGAACAUAUUCCUUCAUCCCACCAGGCGAAAUAGAUAUUCCAGAGCCUGCUGCAGUCACACCAGCAUUGGGAACAGGUCGGCAGAGCACAGAUGAUGUCUAUCUCCACACGGUCAUUCCAGCUGUGGUAGUGGCAGCGAUCUUGUUAAUUGCAGGUAUAAUUGCAAUGAUCUGCUACAGGAAGAAACGGAAAGGUAAACUGACCAUUGAAGACCAGGCUACCUUUAUCAAAAAGGGUGUGCCGAUUAUCUUUGCUGAUGAACUUGAUGACUCUAAGCCACCUCCAUCGUCCAGUAUGCCCUUGAUUCUCCAGGAAGAGAAGCCCCCACUUCCACCCCCUGAAUAUCCCAACAUGGCCACGCCAGAGACAACUCCCCUUAACCAAGAGAUGCUGGGGGAAUACACAGCUUUGCGGGAUGAAGAUCCCAAUGCACCUCCCUACCAGCCACCACCUCCCUUUACUACCCCCAUGGAGGGCAAGGGUUCCCGUCCCAAGAACAUGACUCCCUACAGAUCUCCACCUCCCUAUGUUCCACCUUAAAACUUGUUUAUCCCUCCCCUGAUUGGGUGGAGGGAGAGGAUCCCUGAGGAACAGAGAUGGUUUCCAUUCUGGUGUUUGUCUGGACAUUUACUUGGAGGGAUGCAAAGAGGUGCUAAAGUACAAAACUGUUAUCGGGGACUUUGGUUGGGGGGGGGGGGGGGUGGUAUGGGAGUAAAGAGUCAGUUGGGGUUUUGCAGUAGAGAGGCGGUAUAAUGAGUUGAAACAGCUGGGAAGGACUACUAUUUUAACAGUAGCCCAGCUACUACAGUGGCCUAAGACAACUUCUCGUCAUGUUGGUUUGUUCGUCGGCCGGUUGGUCAAAGCAGCAAUUUGGGAGAUGUGCUCUCUUCCCAGCAUUUCAUUUUUCUCUGCCAAUUUGAAUACAGGCUUUUAGUUUUCAUCUUAUCCCACAAUUUUUGCUUUUUUUUUUCUUUUUUUUUUAGACUCAGUUGUUUACCGAACAAUACUUCUUUUAUCCAGUUUUUAAUGCCAGAAGAUGGCAAACUGCUAUCAGACCACUGCAGGCAACACGUCAUGAUUGAAAUACGGCGUGAGAUUCUCUAAAUAUGAAACGGAGAAAACCUUCAGGAGGAUCUCAAAUCACCCUGCCAGACACCACAAGAAAAUCAGAAGCCUGUAUGCGUGAAUGAGUGUGUGUGUGUGUGUGUUUUCUCAGAUUCAAUAUGGUUUGCCUUUUAACACUACUUGUCUGUUUCUAUCCUUACAGUGUCUAGUAAAGGUAAGCCUGAAGAUUUAGAGAUGUUUGUUUCAUUUGGCCGUUUUAUUUUUACGAUGGUGGGAGGAAUGUGUCAAGAGGCAAGUAGAUUCAAAUAUUAGUUGUCCCAGUUGUGUUCAUCUACUCAGUGACAGGCUCAGCUUGGAAACUUAAUGGUGAUAUGACCUCACAUGGAUUUUCAGUGCACAAUAUUUAUUUUAACAUUGCUAUUGAGUCACAGAAGUUCAUUUCCACACUGUGAAACUAUGUUUACUUGUCAGUAACAGAGUUUCAUUGAUGCAUAUUUUUUUGUUGUUGUUUUGGGGUUGUUUUUUUUUCCCCACCUCUUUGUUUUUGUGCAUGUAAUAUCAUCAUGAUAAGGGGGAAAUGUAAGAUAAACUCUACAGAUUAUUUUGGCCCUGAGAUAAUUAUUUUUUUACAUAAUGAGGCAUUUCACACAGUCUGAAACAUAAUGUACCAUGGAGACGAUCCCAGGUGGGAUUGUACCGGUAGUCCCAUUUUCAGAGGUCACAGAGUAGAAAAUCAUGGCAAGAAUAGUGAUUUGAAAAGGAAAAAAAGAACCUUGAAAUUCCACUAAUUAGCUAAUUUGAAGGGAAGCAGCCAGUGGAAGGUUUUUUUUUUUGUUUGUUUUUUUGAUACAGCCACAAAUUGAUUAUUAAAAUAAUGAUUGGUUAAUGAUUAGUCUUCUGUGAUUUGUAAGAUUUUUAGCCUAGAUGUUCAAUCAUGAUUCAGUUAUGUACACUUUUUAUUUUUUUCAUAGGUCAUAUAUUUCACGUUUUAUUUUUCGUGUGUUUGCAUAUCAAAGUGUAUCUACCAUUAUACAAAGAGGGACUGACCCAUAUUUUAUGUACUCGGAUUUUAUUUUUAAUGUCCUUUUGUUUGCUGAUGACUUAACUGAAGGUGACCCUUUGCAAUAAUAAUGUAAGACUUGGAUCACUCGGUGACCCGUCAGUGUGGGCUCAAGCAAGUGACUCGUCAUUAAGUAAACUGUUGGUUUUUGCAGGAUGCCAAGGCUUUUUUUUUCUCCUCCCCUUUUCCCUUUUUUUUUUUUUUUUUUUUUUUUUUUUGUUUUGUUUUGUUUUUUUGCUUUUAAAGUGUGCAUUGUCAUAAUAAAACCAACUGGUACGAUAAAAGUCCAACCCUUCUUCAUU